AUGGAAGACUGGAAGAACAUUGCCUGGUCUGAAACUGCAGCUAUUUUUCUUUUUUGCCUUAUUUAUAUUGUGACCAUACUAAGCAACGUUAUCAUUAUAACAUUGAUCUGCCAGAGCCCCAAACUCCACAGUCCAAUGUACUUUUUAAUUGGUAAUUUAUCUUUUAUGGAAAUAUGGUAUACAUCGGUAACAGUCCCUAGAAUUUUAGCAGAUAUCUUAUCUGAAAAGAAGACAAUAUCUGUUGCCUACUGUAUUGCUCAGUGCUACUUCUUUUUUGUUCUUCGAGCAAUUGAAAACUACCUUUUAGGAGUCUUGGCCUAUGAUCGUUAUCAAGCAAUUUGCAAUCCACUAAGAUACACAGCAAAAAUGAACGUCAAAAUCUGUUAUAAACUGGUUUUUGGAUCCUGGAUAUCUAGUUUCCUUGGCUCCCUGAUACCCAUAUAUUUUCUCAGCAAGCUAACUCUUUGUGGUAGUAAUAAUACAAUUAACCAUUUCUUCUGUGACAUAUCUCCAUUGCUAAAUCUUUCAUGCACAAACGCAUCUGCCAUAAAAUUGUACUUCUUUACCCUCACAUGGCUAAUUAUAUCCAUUUGCCUCUUUUUUAUAAUUGUAUCAUAUUUACAGAUCAUUUUGACCAUAAUAAAAAUAUCGUCCUCAUCUGGGAGACAAAAAGCAUUUUCCACAUGCGGUUCUCAUUUGAUAGUAGUUGUGAUAUAUUAUGCAUCUGUAACAUUCAUAUAUGUUAGGCCUGUAGGAGAACAUUCCUUUCAGUUUGACAAGAUUGUGUCUGUGUUCUAUGCAGUGGUGACCCCAUUUUUUAACCCUAUAGUUUACAGUCUGAGAAAUAAAGAAUUCCAGGGCUUCUUUAACGGGGAGCUCGAGAGUUCUCAGGUGGGUCUUGAUCGUGAACUCAUUGAUAUGACACUUGGCGUCACCAUCUUGUGA